AUGAUGUCAUUUGCGUCUGCUGGACGUUUGCUGUUCUCACCCAAACAUGUUAUAAUUAUCAACUCACUUGUGACGAGAGCGACACUGACUGUGCAUUGCAGGAACAAAGGUGAAGAUAAAGGAAUGAUAUCGCUUGCACAUAGAGCUAGUUUUGAUUUCAGAUUCCGUGUCAACCUCCGCAAAACAACGGUCUACACUUGUAGUUUUGCUUGGCCUGGCAAUACAGCAACAUUUGAUAUUUUUAGAGCUGAUCGAGACGACAAUCCGAAAAGUAAAGUUGGAGUUUGCAGCGAAUGCAUUUGGGUCAUUUACGAGACAGCACCAUGCAGAUAUAGACGUAAUGGUGGUGAACCUAACUGUUUCCCGUGGGCUUCUUAG